AUUCAGACGUGCUGAUGCCAAAACACAUGCUUUCCUUCCUUCCUUGAUUUGAAGUCCAGCCAGUUCGGCGUCACUCCCCAACGACUUCUACAGUGUGCUGGCUGCCGAGUGAGCCAGCCCGGUUUUUAGCUCGGUGGUCAGCAUGUUCGCCUCUCAUGUGGACAACCAGGGUUCUAGUUUGAGGUGGGUUCCUGCACACAUCCAUCCUGUCCUCCACGCAGCUGAGAUGCUGCAGCAGCAGAAACAUCCGAGAUGAGCUAAAUAGGAUGAGGAAUCAUGUGGAUCAGGACGUCGGGAUCCAGGAUGCUUGUUGAGUCGAGGUGGACGCGGUGAUGUGCUGCGGACUUUAUUUAUAACAAUUCUCAUUUCAGGAGAAUAUUUGAGGAAAAAGAGCUUGCGGGAGGUCCAGCAUGAGUGUGCUUUCAGGCUUCCCUCACCACCCGGUCAUGCACCACCACGACAGCCACCAUUACUCCCUGCACGGAGACGCCGGAGCCCCUCCGUACUUCACCAGCUGGCUCAUCAGCCACGCCGAGGUAUCCCCCACCGAGUACGGCAUGGCGCCGGGAUACAGCCCAGACUACCACGGGAGCGCGCCGGGCGGCUUGCAGGACCCGCAUCACCCGCACCACCACCACCACCACCACUACGGCGGACACGGCGCCGUGUCGGUGAGCGGAGCCCCGGUGGGCAUGCACCACCACCCGCGCACCGUCAAGCGGAGACCGACGGCCAACCGCAAGGAGCGGCGGAGGACGCAGAGCAUCAACUCGGCCUUCGCGGAGCUGCGGGAAUGUAUCCCCAACGUCCCCGCAGACACCAAGCUGUCCAAGAUCAAGACGCUGCGCUUGGCCACCAGCUACAUCUCCUACCUGAUGGACAUCCUGGACAAGGACGGCCAGCUCGGGGACACGCAGGCCUUCAAGGCCGACCUCAAGAAGACGGACGGCCGGGACGAGCGCAGGAAGAGGGACGCGGUGGAUGUCCCCAAAACAGCGCCAUCUUCGUCAUCGUCAUCGUCCUCAUCUUCAGCGCAGGGCGACAAGAAGACAAAAGGAAGGACAGGAUGGCCCCAACAUGUCUGGGCUCUGGAACUGAAACAGUAGCUGAAACUUGCUUUCAGGUCGAUUGCACUCACAGGAACUUAAAGUCAUCAUCUCGUGUCUGGUGUGGAUGUCUAACCAAAGGACAGACAUUGUAGUCUCCAUGGACACUUACGGUGAUGUAUUUCUACACUUUUCUACAGUCUGGAAAGUCUCCACCUUAAAUGUUAAAGAAUAAAAAUGCAUUCCGUACACUUGGAAUUCACUUGAAACCAACUGUCCAAGGUGCGGCCCAAGGGCCAUUUUCAGCCUGUAAAUUGUUUUUGUUUGGCCCCUUGACAUAUUGUAAAAUUGUUAGACAUUUUACAACAAUUUGCUUCAUCACAUACAACACAAAGCAAAGAUGUGGAUGUGUGUAACAUAUAUUGACUUACAUUAGAUUGCUUUUAGUAUCUUAGAUACAAAAUGUGUUAAAGGGACUCUGUGCGUUCUUAAUUUUUUGGUGUGCCGCACACACUUAAAAGAGUUUGGACACCCCUGGCCUAGCAUAGAACCAGUGUCCACUGCAGAGGACGCAUGCUGGUUCUCAGGUGUAUAAGUCAGGGGCGUCCAAAGUGUGGCCCAUAGGGCAUUUUUGCCCUGCACUUAGUUUUUUAUGGGGCCAUUUUUAUUGUCCCGAUACCAACAAAAGGGCAUAAUUUAAGAAGAAAAUCUUGAAAUGUUGAUAAAAAUACUAUUAUUAGCUAGAAAAGCCCUUGAAGAACCAAAAUAGUAAGGAAUAAUAAAAAAAAAAUGCUGAAUCCACACAUGAUUUGAUUUCUGACAUUUCAUGAAAGUUUCACAGAACAUCCACUCAUAACUUUUUUAGCGAUAUAACAAACAAACAGACAAGCAACUCCCUGGCCGAGGCAAUAAACUGCCAAGUCCCUCCAUGUUUGUUUUGCUGGUAUGUCACUUCCAAACGAGCUGCAAGGGGCUGCAAGCUCGUCUUAGUUGUCUGUGUUAUAACAUGGGCUGUGUUUGAUUUUUAUCUUUAGAAUAUGUGAGGGACAAUAGAAAAAAAUACCCGCAGGACGCAAAUGGCCGCACUUUGGACACCCCUGGCUCAAGUUGUGGUGUUUUCUAAGAAAUGAGAGUGAACAAAUUUGAUUGGUGAUCGUUUGACACAUUCAUCCAGGGCCUCAUAAAUAACACCACUUACACACGGACACACACACACGCACUCUCACACACACGCACCCACACACACACACACACACACACACACACAGGCCAGCUGGCUCUCAGUUUUAUUUAACUUGAUAUAUUUAUGUGCAAUGUGGCCAACAGGACGAGCCAAUCUACCACUCCACUGAAUGCCAAAAUACAAAAUACACGGUGUCCCUUAAGUCUAGACAUAUAAAACACACUUAUAAUAUAAUAUUAUACACAAUAAUACUUUAAUGUGUAAUUAGUCAAUACAUAAAAUACUAAUUACUGUUAAUAAUACAAUAAAAUACAUUAAUUAAAUGAAUAAGAAUAAAAUAUUAUUAUUUAAAAAUAAUCAUUAAAACAUAUGACCUACAAUAUAUAUAAAUAUUCAAAAUGUAUAAUUUAUUAAAUAUAAGAAAACAUGUAUAUGUUAUAUUAUAUGUAUAUAUUGAAAUAUCUAUUUGUAAAUUCCUAUUGGCCUUUGUGUCCAGACUUCAGGGACGCCCUGUACUAAAUGUUUGUCAUGGUUACACCAGAAGGUGUUUGUGAAGUCUUUGUGUUUUUGUACUGUCUGAACUGUAAAUAGAUGUCGUGACAACACAAGGUCUGUGUUGUGGAAUGUAAAUAAUAAUAAUAUUAAUAAUAAUAAUAAUGUUAAGUGUAUAGGAUGUAAUCUGUGUCAUGAAUUUAAUAAACCAACAAGUGUUUACAUGUUAACGUUUCUCAUGUCGU